AUGGCUAACGCUAUUGCCCAAAGCGUGACAGCUAAGAUCAGCGCCCUUAUAGACACUAAAUUUGCCGAACUUCAGGUCAAUUUGAACGCUUUGUCAAACCGUAUAGACGAUAACAGUAAGAGACUGAGUGAGGCUGAGAACCGUGUCUCAGAAAAUGAAGAUCGGACGGUGUCCCUGGAGACCAAAAUUGCCCUCCUAGAGAAAAAAGUACAGGACCUGACUACCCGUGCGGAUGACAUUGAAAACCGCAGUCGUAGAGACAACAUUCGCGUUAUUGGUCUGAAAGAGGGCACUGAGGGGAACCAGGCGGUGGAAUUCUUUGAAAGCUGGCUCCCGACUACGCUGGGGAUAAAGACCAAACGUGGGGUUAUCAAGAUCGACAGGGCACACAGGUCUCUUGGGGAACGCCAGUCAAAUUACAACAGACCGGUAAUCAUCAAACUCCACAACUCCAGGGACAAACGAAGAAUUCUCGCAGCGGCAAAAGAGAAGGGCGAGAUCAUCUGCGGCAACAACACGGUUCGGAUUCGCCAGGACUUCUCUCAGUCGGUGAGGGAAGCAAGACGCGAGUUUAAUGACAUCUGCGAGGAGCUGCUUGAGAAGAAGAUACGGUUUCGGAUGCAAUACCCCGCCACGCUCUUCAUCACAUUGCAACGGUUGAAGCGUUCCCUCUCCUUGAAGGCCAUUAUGAGGAGUAAGAGUGUGGAUAACUUCUUCCAGCGCAACGGCCAGCCCCCUCCGGACAUUAUCGCCCAGCAACCGCCAAUCAUAGACGAGCGCAUACCCACGCACACCGAUCAACGGCCAAUGAUCAUCACAGAGCCCUGCCCGCCAUCGCCGCCCCCUUCCCUGGACCGCUCCCCUUCGCUCUCGCCCUCGCUCAGCCCCAACCCCUCGCUCACCUCCCAUUCGCCUUCGCUCAGCAACCACCCCUCGGAGCUAAGCUUCCAUUCGCCCUCGCUAAGCCCCUCCCUCUCAAAGGCCCAACCCACCCAUCAGAAGACUCACUGCUUUCAGGAGUAUGUGUUCCGCAGACCCACACCGUGCCAGCAAUGCAAUCAGAUCAUCACAGGUAACUCCAAGCAGGGCCUGCGCUGCAAGAGCUGUAAGAUGGGAGCCCACCUCUGGUGCUCCUCAGAACUCUCCCAACAGCCCUGCAAUGGCAAGUCUGGAUCAUUCAAGCGUAACUUCAGUUCUCCAUUGCUAACGAACACAGCAGCAAAAGAGACGCCAGCUUCCAAAGGUGGGGAUGAAUCACGUGUGGACCCGGUGUAUGAGGCUCUGCGUUAUGGCACAUCUCUGGCCCAGAUGAGUCGAACCAACUUCAGCAGCAUCUCAGAGUCUCCAGUACAUCAGGGAGAGGCAGAGGAGGACAGACUACAGAAUGAAUCCAUUAUUGAAGAGGAAAACACUGAAAAUCACACUGCGGCCUCUCCAUCCAACAGUGAGAAGGGCGUGUCUGAGGACAGAGUCAGUUUGAAGGCCCCCCGGCGUAUAGAGGUGCACUCCAUUCACACGUACGUCGCCCUCUACAAGUUCCUGCCCCAGGAGAAGAACGACCUGGAACUGCAGCCUGGAGACCGUGUGCAGGUCACAGAUGACUCCAAUGAGGACUGGUGGAAGGGUAAGAGUCGUGACAAGGUGGGCUUCUUUCCUGCCAACUUCGUGCAGCGUGUGCGUCCGGGCGAGCGUGUGUGGAAGGUCACGCAGGGCUACCACGGCAACAAGGACAGAGGUCACAUGACCGUCAAGGAGGCGCAGGUGUGUGUGGGAAAGGGGGAUGAGAUGGAGGGUUUCCUGAGAGUGAGCAGUGGCAAGAAGCGAGGCCUGGUGCCCUCCAACAUCCUGCAGGAGAUCUGA